AUGGGCAAAUCUUACCCAACCGUGAGCGAGGAUUACCUUAAGGCUGUUGAUAAGGCCAAGAGGAAGCUAAGAGGUCUCAUUGCUGAGAAGAAUUGCGCACCUCUCAUGCUCCGUCUUGCAUGGCACUCUGCUGGUACUUUUGACCAGGCUACCAAGACUGGUGGACCAUUUGGAACCAUGAGGUUCCAGGAUGAGCUAGGUCAUGGAGCUAACAAUGGUAUUCACAUUGCUGUCAAUCUCUUGGAGCCAAUUAAGCAGCAGUUCCCAACCCUUUCAUAUGCGGACUUCUAUCAGUUGGCUGGAGUUGUUGCUGUUGAAGUUACCGGAGGACCUGAUGUUCCAUUCCACCCAGGAAGGGAGGACAAGCAUGAACCCCCAGUUGAAGGUCGUCUCCCUGAUGCUACAAAAGGCUCUGACCACUUGAGGGAUGUUUUUGUCAAACAAAUGGGUCUCUCUGACAAAGAUAUUGUUGCUCUCUCUGGUGGCCACACCCUGGGAAGGUGUCACAAGGAGCGAUCUGGAUUUGAGGGUGCAUGGACAGCCAACCCCCUCCAGUUUGAUAACUCUUACUUUACGGAGCUUUUGAGUGGAGAGAAGGAAGGGCUCUUACAGCUUCCCUCAGACAAAGCACUCCUGAGUGAUCCUGCCUUCCGCCCACUUGUUGAGAAAUAUGCUGCGGAUGAGGAUGCCUUCUUUGCUGAUUAUGCUGAGGCUCACCUGAAACUUUCGGAGUUGGGAUUCGCUGAUGCUUAAAGCUGUUUAUGUAAUAAUUGAAAACAGUAUAGGGAGCCAGCACCCUAAUUUGAUUUCUUUGGUAUCUAGUAAUUGGGAUAAUUAGUGUUUGAGCUUCCCUUUCCUUUUGUAUUUAGAAUGCAGUUGCGAACUUUGCUAUGAUCAAAUCAUUUCCAUGAAAUGAUUGACUUGCAUCUGAAAAUUACUAUCAGAAAAAUUUCUCCUUUGUCAAGCUUAUUUGUUUUUGAGUGAAUGCUUGAAGCAGUGUUCAGUUUUUGCUGUAGGCCUGCAUCGAACCAAUCCAUCAAAUUAUUCGUUCCGGAGUAAGGGGUCUAUUUUAUGUGAAUCAUACAGGAAUUGGAAACCAUGUAAGGUCUUCCAUUGAGCAUAUGGAGAACUGGAAGGUUGUUUUGUGCUACUUUUUAGUCUUGUAUGUACACAGCAUGAUGGAUAUGUUUGAUGUCAGCAUCCAAUAUUACGGCCCAAAAAACAUCGAUUCUACUUUCAGGUAGUCCGUUAACUUUAGUCUUUUUAAACUCUCACAGCUAGCCCAACAACAUGUUGUGAC